AUGGAUUUCUCAACUGCCUCGUGGUUCUCAGAACUGGGAGAGGAAACUUCAAUUUUCGAGGAUAAAUGUGGUUUCAUGGACUCAUUUGAUGAAGAUUUGGCUACACUUCUUGGAGAAGAAUCCCCUACUUUGUCUCCACGAAGCAAUUGCUCAUCAACUCUGAUUCGGAGUAGCAGCUCUUCCAGCGAUUUGCUCACUUCAUCAUGCAUGGAAAAAAAUGAAGUGGUCAAGGAACCACCAUCCAAGCAGGAAAAGCCUAACAAUUAUAACUUUUCUAGGCCUAAUCUUGAUCUCUCUUCUACUUCUUCUACUCCAAUCAUUCUCAAUUUUGGCAGCGUCAAUUCUCCUGAAAGUCCUCAGCCACUGAGUCUAAGCUCCUUGAAUCGCGAAGAAAAGGCAGCAGUUUCUGAAAUUUUAAGAAAUCCUGUUGAGGCUACUAAAAGCACGCCAACAACAAAGAAAACCAGCCGGGUUAGGCCGCCAUCUCAAACCUACGAUCACAUAAUUGCAGAAAGAAAGCGGCGUGAGCAGCUCAGCCAGCAAUUUGUUGCUCUUUCAACCCUUGUUCCUGGCCUGAAGAAGAUGGAUAAAAAUUCUGUACUGGGAGAUGCUAUCAAGUAUUUGAAACACCUCCAAGAGCGUGUGCACACUAUUGAGGAACAAUCAACAAAACAGAACCUGGAAUCUGUGGUUGUCAAGAGAUCGAGGCUUCAAAUGGAAGACGAGGGAUCGUCCUACGAGAUUAACAGUUCCUGCGAACAGCAUUUGCCGGAAAUAGAAGCUAGAGUGUGCAACAACCACAUUCAUCUCAGUAUCCACAGUAAGAAACGCAAUGGGGUUCUGUCGAAAAUACUAAGUGAGGUCGAGAAGCUCAAUCUCAUUGUAAUAUAUACUAAUGUCACACCAUUUGGAAAUUUCUCCUUUGACAUAAAAAUUAUUACUGAGAUGGAGGAACAAUCCAGCUUGACCGCAAAAGAGAUCGUAAAAAUUCUUGAUUCGGCCCUCCACCGUACUGCAUAG